UCCGUAGAAUUCUAAACUUCCGGUAGCUGUGUCUGGGAAUGAUCGUGUGUUUAUCGUUUAUUCUCGUCAAGAACAAGCGUCGGCAGACUUGAACACAAUUGUUUAAACUAUGGCCGAGGACAUCCAGGAAAAUCUCAAGACAUACAAACUACAACUUCAACAAGUAGAGGCUUCCUUGACUACUGAUGCAGAAAAUGAAGACUUACUCAAGCUGAAGAAAGACUUGCAAGAAGUGAUUGACCUGACCACAGAGCUGAUAGUUGGCAAAUUAACAGCUACAGCUGAAGGGGAUGAAGGCGACCAUGACGGUGUCGGUGAAGGCGAAGCUUUUGUGUCAGAGCACAGCUGGAGUGUCGGGGACAAGUGCUCAGCACUCUACUCUCAGGAUGGCAUGUACUAUGAGGCCUUGAUUGAUGAGAUCCUGGAGGAUGGAACGUGCACCAUCACAUUUGAUGACUACGGAAACACAGAUGUUACACAGAUAGCUUCACUGAAGCCGGCUGAUCCCAGUCAAUCCCUAGACAGACAGACGGACAACAAGCCAAAGUCAAAGAAAGACUUAGCAGUACAGCAGAGGGAAUAUAAGAGGAAGAAAGCCCAGAAGAAAGCACAGCGAAUGAAGAUGUUAGAGGAAGAACGCGAGCAGGAGAAGAGCAAGUGGCAGUCAUUCAAUGCCAAGACAUUUUCCAAGACAAACAAGGGCCGUGUGAAGAAGAGCAUAUUUGCCACCCCUGAUGGGGACAAGGGGAAGGUGGGCGUAGGGACGUGUGGAGUUGGGGGCAAGCCGAUGACCGCGUAUCAACACCAGGAAAAGUGGAAGAAAUGACACACUUUCAGAAAUUAUCGGGAACUUUUGACUGCUCUUACAAGCUGCGAAGAAAAGGAAUUUCGGACUCCGAUGUCUGUUCAAUUAUAUCUGUCUAAAAAUACCAUGUGAAAUGUGUUCAUAUUUCAGAAAUUAAGAUACCAGACUUGAGACAUCUUCAGUAGAAAAGGACUGUGACUAAUGAAGGCAUCCACUGAUAAAGGAUUACCAUUGUGUACUGAAAGCACCCACUUAUCCUGGUAGUGUUUUGUAGUGUUGUGACCAAGAGUGGUUGGACCUUCUGAGAAAGCAGAUCCAAGUUGUGCACUGAUCACGGGUGUGGACACUUCAGGCAUCUUCUUUGGCUUGACACAGGUUAUAUUAGAGGAUUAAUAAAACAUUCAAGGAACUUAAAAUAAAUUGAUUUUUGUA